UCUGUCUCAUUUUAUUUAGUCGUUUAUUAUGCAGUUCUUUGUUUACUGCUUUCAUGUUUUUCCCAACUUCAAUCUCAACAUCAGUUUUUUUCAUAAAUGUCUCGAUUGCUUCGUUUUUAGUGAUGUUUGCUGGGGAUUUAAAUAAUUCUUUUUUCACCAUUUUGGCGAUGCCCUAGUAAAUAUAAAAUUUAGCACCCAAGCUAGAUUUGAAUAUUAUGGUCAUAGUGCAUAUGGUAUCUUAAAAAUUAGAGCAAAACAAAAAUUGUUGUCUGGCAUAAAUCUACCUUACUCCUCUCCAAACCAACUUCUUUGCAGCCAUACGCAUUCCGUCACGUGUAACAAUCGCUUCAAUUUUUCACCAAGUAUAUUAUAAUGUUGAUGAGAGAGUCGUGCGCUUGUUGUAUGAAUAUAAAAUGGCAGUCAAGAUAAGCAAAGAUAACUUUGUUUUCGGUCCAUGGGAAAUCAUUGCUUCUAAGGGUCCAAUCUUAAAGUCAAGUGAUGUUGAAAGAAUUAUCAGAGAGCUUAAUAUACCUGAUAUCCCAGAAAUGGUGUUUGGUGAUACUAUCUUGGAAAUAAAAAAUGAGUGUGGUUUUAAAGUAUUUUUUACUGCAAUUGAUGCUUUGCGAUUGGUUGAUAAUAAGCGAGAUUUGAUGAAAGUUGGUGUAGCUGAUGAAUGGCAGAAACAAAGGGCUGAUUGUGAAUAUAUACAGGAAGUUUUGAAACCUUAUGACUGGACAUACAGUACAAAUUAUAAAGGAAAUGUUGUUUCACCUACAAAGGUUACAACUACUGAUGACAGGAUUGAUAUGGAAAAGUUAAAAAGGAGAGAAAAAAUACAUUUUUAUCAAGAUUUGCUAUUAUUUGAAGAUGAAUUGGCAGAUCACGGAAUCGCCAAAUUAAGUGUGAAAAUGAGAGUGAUGCCUUCUUCGUUCUUUAUCUUGUUGCGUUUCUUCUUAAGAGUCGAUGGUGUUCUCCUAAGAAUAAACGAUACACGGAUUUACCACGAGGCUGGUUCUAACUAUAUACUUAGAGAAUAUACUUCAAAAGAAAAGAAAAUUAGUCAACUUCAGAAUCCAUUUGCAGACGAGGCCAUACUGGCAGAACAGUUAGAUCUAGUUAAAGAAGAAGUUGAAAAGAUAGUAUUCGAAGAAGAAUCAUGCAAUUCGAAUAGCUGACACUGCGCAUACGUUUUUAAACCAAAACAUAAUGAGUUUCUAGUGUAUUACUAAUUCGUUGUUAAUGUAGAUGUAAACACCAAAACAAAUAUGGAAAUAAACACUAACAUGCAGGUAACCAUUGGAAGAAUUAUUACUUUUAAUCGAACUUUAACACACACCGUUUUUUAAUAUCCGGUUAUUAAAAAACUGUUCUAUUUGUGUACCAUUACGUCAUUUUAUACGUAAGCAUACAAUUGUAAAUAUAAUGUAUGUACACAAAUGAAGACAAAAAGUUAAAAGAAAUAAAGAAAA